AUGGGACAUGGAAAAGUUGAACCAUAUUCUUCAUUCCCCAGUGCAACCCUAUUCUUCAUUCCCCAGUUCAACCCUAUUCUUCAUUCCCCAGUUCAACCCUAUUCUUCAUUCCCCAGUUCAACCAUAUUCUUCAUUCACCAGUGCAAUCCUAUUCUUCAUUUCCCAGUUCAACCUUAUUCUUCAUUCCCCAGUUCAACCAUAUUCUUCAUUCCCCAGUUCAACCAUAUUCUUCACUCACCAGUUCAACCAUAUUCUUCACUCCCCAGUCCAACCCUUUUCUUCAUUCCCCAGUUCAACCCUAUUCUUCAUUCACCUGUUCAACCCUAUUUAUCAUUCCCCAGUUCAACCAUAUUCUUCAUUCCCCAGUUCAACCCUAUUUAUCAUUCCCCAGUUCAACCCUAUUCUUCAUUCCCCAGUUCAACCCUAUUCUUCAUUCCCCAGUUCAACUAUAUUCUUCAUUCCCCAGUUCAACCAUAUUCUUCGGUCCCCAGUCCAACCCUUUUCUUCAUUCCCCAGUUCAACCCUUUUCUUCAUUCCCCAGUUAAACCAUAUUCUUCAUUCCCCAGUUCAACCAUAUUCUUCACUCCCCAGUUCAACCAUAUUCUUCACUCCCCAGUCCAACCCUUUUCGUCAUUCCCCAGUUCAACCAUAUUCUGCAUUCCCCAGUUCAACCCUAUUCUUCAUUUACCCGUUCAACCCUAUUCUUCAUUCCCCAGUUCAACCCUAUUCUUCAUUCCCCAGUUCAACCCUAUUCUUCAUUCCCCAGUUCAACCAUUUUCUUCAUUCCCCAGUUCAACCAUAUUCUUCAUUCCCCAGUUCAACCCUAUUCUUCAUUCCCCAGAUCAACCCUUUUCUUCAUUCCCCAGUUCAACCCUAUUCUUCAUUCACCAGUUCAAACCUAUUCAUCAUUCCCCAGUUCGACCAUAUUCUUCUUCUAGACAUCGCACAAAAGGUGAUGCCAAAGCCUUGACGUGUUUCUCCUGA